UCAGCUGAUCAGUAUCUUUUUCUUUUUUUUGUUAAAGAAGAAUAAUGGAAUGAAUGAUCAUAAUUUAUCCAUAUAGACAGAGGAGAAGUACAGGCCUCUUUGUUCAUCAGCAUUCAUUGACUUGGGCGCCAGACAGAUCCUAAGCUCAGUAGCAACACAGCAAGAUGGAUGUGGCAAUGAAGGGGUAUGCUUCUUAUUCACCGCCAAAUGACAAGAGAGCUCUUUGUCUUUUUGUCAUGAUCUGGAUUGUUUAUUCCAGGUUUCACGCAGUGGGUUCAUUCUUUGACACUUAUCCAAACUAUUCGUCGUCGAAUGCCUGGUCAUCAUGCUGGUCUACUCUGGGGGCAAUCGUCAUGUCAAGCAAAACCAUGACGAGGCUAGAAUCAAAAAAGUCGCUUUCGUGGUGGUUUGGUGACCCCAAGACCAACAACAACUGGGAAACUAGUCUGAUGCUGGAGCUGCAAAACCAGAUUGCAAGAUUGAGGCUUCAACUUGAGAAAAACAAGUCUAAUAAAGGAGUGACUAGUGAUGCUUUGGAUUUGAUUUCUCAUGUUUCUGACGUAGCGAGCACCGUCAAGCAGGGAUUGGAAGAAGAGGGUAGGAUCAGAAGCGAAAAGCACCGCCUGUCCGAACAAGAGGUUGCAAAAUUGAAACUUGAACUUGACGGAACCAAAUCCUCCUUAAAUGCACUUGAAGCCCAGACAGCAGUUUUGGAAGAGCAGAAUAAAGCGUUAGACGUAUACGUAUCUGAACGCGAUACGGAGAUGAAGGAACUGAAAGUAGCCAUCUCUGAUUCUAAGCUGAAAUUUAGGAAUGAGAAAUCUCAGCUACAGAAGGUGAUACUAGCAUUAGAAGAGGGUCAAGGGGAACUAGAGACGAAACUGAAGAAUUCGGAAUCCAAGGUACGUAAAUUAGUAGAGGAGUACAAGAGGGCUGAAGUUGAACAUAAUGAAUUUCGAGUCUUGCAAAGAAACCGUGAAGCGGAGAUGCGUAUCGAGAUGGAGAGACAUUUGACAGCAAAGAUUGUUGAGAAAGGGAAAGAGGUACAAGAGUUGAAUAAGAACCUCCAUGAACUUGGAGUCGAUUUGGAUACAUUGAGAGCGGAAAGAGAUGAGCUGGACGCAAAGGUAAUUUCGUUGGGGACCGAUGUGGUGUCUAGAGAUGAAAUGAUAUGUCAUAUGGAAGAGCAUUUGCGCAGGUUACAUAACGAGCAUGUGGAUACGAUAUCGAGAUGCGAGGGAGCUACAAAACAAGCCGAGGAGCAAAGAAAAAGGUUGAGAAGAAUGGAGAGGGAGGUGGAAUGGCAGAGAGACAUGAUAGCAGAAGGUGCAGAAGAGAAGAGAGAAGCAAUAAGGCAACUGUGCUUCUCCUUGGAGCAUUACAGAAAUCGUUAUUAUGAGUUCAGGAACGCAUUUAUAGAGCUUACGAAACAGGCACCAGUACAGGACAUUGCUUACUAUUACAGGAAGUAGUAACUACUAACCCAUGUCUUUUGGUUUUACAACUGAGUAAUCCAAUGGAGCGACUCGAUUGAACAUUUGAUAGACAUGAUCUUAAACAGGCAGGUGAUUAGUUUUCCUCCAACCUAACUGAAAUUUGUCAGUCUUGGCGUUCCGUCUACCACAAACAGUAUUCUUAACAGGCUACUGAGGCUAGUACUUUUAUUUCUGUACA